AUGUCAUCCUUUUCCUCAGCUUUUAAAACCACCCGUGUCUCACCUUCACCUUUAUUCAGAGAGCACGCCAGUGGAUAUCUGUCAUAUGAUCAGGGCCACAUGAUGGGAACUGAGCUGGGUUUGAUGGAGAUGUCAGAAGUUGAAUACACACAGCUUCAGCACCUCAUCCAGGCACACAUGGAGGCACAGGCUGUGCCUCCAGAUGGGCCAGAUGCCAGAUCUCACCCUGCCACAGUGAUGGUUCAAGAAGCCACUGGAUCCACAGUGAUUUCUCCCUUACCAACCACUCAAGCUAUUGACAUGUCAACUUCAGCUAAUGAACACUGCAUGGUGAUGCCAGGAGAAAAGACACCAGCUUCUUAUGGAGAGGUCCCUGGUUUUGUGUUGGCCAGAGUCAGAGAUGAGGACAUUCCGAAUGUACCACUUGCCAACUGCAGCACAUCUUCGCAGAAGAGAUCCAGAUCAGCUGCUAGAAUCUGCUUGGAGAAAAGGUUUAACACCGUGUCUGCUGACACCCCAAGACAGCAAGAUAUUCCUUGUGCUGUUCUUAACAAUCUUUUCACAUUACUUCAGCAGUCUGCAGAGGCCCAAGAGGCAGUCUUACAUCCUCAAAUGCAGAAGUGGGUGAGAACUGAGGUUUCCAGCCCAUUUGUAGGGAGUGUAUAUAACACAGUGACCAACAAGUGUGAACAAGUGAUUGGCCAUAUUCCUAACAUGGUUGAACCUAAGCAUCAGGGUUUAGUUAUCCCCAAGAGUUUUUCAUUGAAUUUUUACCCUGAGAGGAUUGUCACGAAAGUGCACUAUACAAGUGGCAGGAAUGCAACAGAGGAGCAGCAGUUGGCAAACAUAGAAAGUGAUGUGGCGACCCCUGCUGCUGUCUCCAGGAAGCAUGGUAGCACCCACAGCUCACAACCCAUCAAGACUGCCAAAGCUGCCUCAGACUCCACUGGAAAAUCAGGGAGCAGCACCAGGAAAAGAGCUUGCUCCUAUAUGUCCCUCAGCCAGCGCAAAGAGAGACACAACAGAAAGGAGAGGGAACGCAGGAAGAGGAUUCGCUCAUGCUGUGACGAGCUAAACACGUUGGUGCCAUUCUGUAACUCAGAUUCAGACAAAGUCACCACCCUGCAGUGGACCACUGCCUUCCUCAGAUACAUCAGUAAAAAAUACGGAGACACCUUCAAGGAGGAGUUUAAGACAGCAUUCAUUGAUGAGACAGGACUCUUUCCUGAAUCCAGUCCUUCUUCAGGCCAGCACCCAAUCCACCGGGAGAUGGAUGAGCCACUGAGCAUUCCUCUUGCGGUAGAGCAAUAA